AUGGUGAUUUUUCUGGUAAGUGUGGCUGUGAUGCGCCUAAGGCUUAGACAUUGGGCAGAUCUUUGUCAGCGCUGCUGGUCCAUUGGAGUACUUCCAUUGGAGGUCCCCGCAGAUGGGAACUGCAUGGUGUGGUCAUUGCAGGUCUUGCAAAGAGGGCCAAAGAUUGAGGACACGUUCUUCCAAGGACCGAGAGCAAACAGGAAGCAACGACAGAUGCGUCGUACCUUGUCAAAUCUGUGGCAGGCAGCUGCAAGCGACAUCACGUGGCAAGCAAUUUUCAAGUUCUUUGUCCUAGAGGAAGAUGUGGAGUCUGAGUCGGAGGACGAGCAGAUGCGAACAACACCACAGAGGGAAAAGGCAGCUCCUGCUCAUCCUCCCGAUUCUUCUCCGGGCAUGAAUGAUAUGUUGAAAACUCCACCCAAGCCAGCAGUUCACAGGCACGAUGGCAAGCGAAGACGGCUUGAUGUUGUUGAGGGUGCCAAGCCUGUCCCCUUCGUUGCGAGGGCAAACCCUCCAUCUCCAAAUUUGCGGAAGCGGGGGCACAACGAUCUCACUGGCAAGAAACGAGCCGUCUAUCAAUCUCUGGAUCCAGGGGUGCCAGAUCUAGAGGAAGCCAAUCAUAUGGCCAAACAAAUGUUGCCGAGGUCAACCCCGGCAGAAGAUGAUAUGAGUGUCGAUGAGGUCGGCUUGAAUGAAAUCAGUGAAGCAGACCUGAUGAAAGCCAAAGAGGGGGAACGAAAACGAGCAAGGCAUUCCCGUGCUGUCAAGUCCCGGCAACCCACACCGUUGGAGCUGCGCCACAAGCGCUUGGCACGAUGGCUUGCAGGCAAGGGUGCGACGUAUGCUGCAUUUGCGGCCAAGCACCGCUUUGCUCCAAAAUGCAAAAAGAGUUUUGUGUGCAAGGAUGGCGGCUUCUCCGCUUUCAAAACCAAUCUCAUCAGAGCACAGGAUCCAACUUGCGAAGUUUGCCAGAAAUUUGCAGAGACAUGUGGCAUCAAGACCUUUGAAGCCAGGGACUUUUUUUACAGUUCCUUGGUAGAGCCAGAGCCUGUGCCUGCGCUUCAUGAACCAGAGGAACCAGAGGCAGCGAAGGAUGAUGCACCAGAUGAUGAAGACGAAGAGGAUCCGGACGCAGAAUACAAACGUGUAGUGGAGUAUGUUGAGUCGAAGGCUCCGGUGAUCAAGCUGUUGCCAGGGUUUCCGUUGAAAUACCAGUGCCUUGUGUGCAAGACGCAAAAUCAGCCCACGGGCAAGAUCAACAAGCUUGGGGACCCUCCUACGCUCAAGGCGGCCAGGUACUUUCUCCAACAACAUCUUGAAACACCCACUCACAUUGGAAAUGUGAGGAAAUUUGAGCUCUCCAACAACACGCAGACGGUAGAGACCCAUUGUCCUGGAUAUUGUGUGUCAUCGGAACAAAAGUUUGGUGUCCUGGCCAAAUACCAUGCUGAGUUCCGCUUGUGGGUGCAGUAUUCCAAGCUUGACUCAAAAAUUGUCAAGCACACCUAUUGGUGUGAUCGGACAACAGAUACCUGGUAUGUUAGGCAUUUCCAGUGUGCCAAGAGGAUGCAACAAGGCCCAUGUUGCGAUCAGUGCUUGAGCGCAGCCUCGACCAGGGGAGUCGUAAAGCUUGUCAUUCGCUUCCUGAGCAAGUACUACGCGGCCACUUUGCUCCAGCAAAGGCUCUUUUGCACAGAUGAUGACUUGGCAGCCACAGUAGCAGAGAUCUCGCAGAGUCCUUUUGGGCAGUACCAUGUAACCUUGUGGGACAGGAUCCGCAAUUUCAAGGUUGAAGAGCUGCAGGAUUUUGUCCGGAGUGCUUUCAAUUUUGGAACCAGCGUUGCCGGGGACACUGAACCCAUGAAGCUUUUUCUGGCAAAGGUAGUGGAGCCGUGCCUGAAGAUCAAUGUUAAUACUGCGGACGAGACUCUGACCCGCCUAUCUGCUCAGUUCGUUCCAGCCUUGACUUCCAAAAGACUGAAUGAAGUUGACCAGCUGAAUACAAAGAUUGCGCAGUCCAUCAUCAGCGGCAAGCUCAACGCCAACCCAUUCCUUCAAGGCUUGCUGGUGCAGUGCUUGCGCUCGUUGGACCGUGACGUGCAUGCCAAGUCGUCUCGUGGCAGGUGGAAGGAUUUGUCAGUCACGGAGGAGGAGCUUGUCAGGGACGCAGCCCUGACGCUGUCGAUGCACAACAAAAAUGUGCAGUUGUGCUCUGCGCUGGGUCAGAACGCAAGGCCGCCGACCUUGCAACUUGACAAACUCUUCGAGCAUGGCCUGCCAAAUCCAGCACUAGCCUUGAUGAGCAAAGAGCAAAUGGCCAGGAACCUCGAGAUCAUCGACCAACAGCUGCCUAGACUGCCGGAGUGGCCACAGUCACGGCUCAUUAUGGCAGUUGAUUGCACCUACCUGUUGAAGAGCUAUUCCCAAAUGCGCAUUGGAGACGUGGAUGGUCUGGUCGGAGGCCCCUGGUCCCCAACAGAUCUGAGCGAACCCUUUCUGCCCUUUGGUGAAUUGAAUGCGGCCUCUCGCGAGAAAGCUUCAGUGAUGUUGCUGGCGCUGGUGUGGGAUCCCCAUUUGCGCCGCCGCCGGGGCUUUCCUCUGGCUGCCAUGCCAAUGAGAUUGGGGCCAAACAAAGGUAUGAUCCUCUACCAGCACACGCCUUGCCGCGGCUUCCCAUUCGAAUUUUGCUCCACCAGGGCAAUCCCAUCAUCCCACUUCCUGGAGCAUGGAUCAUUGACGCAUCAGUCCAUGUCAGUCAGCGAGCGGUUGCAGAACGCUUUGAGUGGCUUUUGCUUGCUGGACAUGUUCAAAUUCCUGGCAGACGCUCGCUGCCGCCGCCUUGGUUUGCCGAAAGGUUCAGCCUUCUUAGCCGCCGAAACUAUGCGCAAUCUCCAAAACACAGCGCUUGGUUGCAUCGCGCAUUGCCUGACAAAGAGCAAGUACGGAAAUCCGUGGGCACAUGGGCACCAAAGACUCACCGAACUCGCUGUGGAGGAAAUGUUUGGAGCUUUAAGGCUGCAAUCGCCCUCGGCGCAACUCACAGCACGCUCCUUUUUUCGUGCUUGCGCGCAUGACAUGUACAGGGCCAAGAAAAGCAGCAAGACUGUGGAAGCAUCCACAGAUAUCCUAGAGCCUCUUCCUCGUGAACAAUUCUACGAUCUGAGCCAGAAAGCCUUCACUGCCUCAGUGCGGUUGGCCGCUUUUUGUGCAGAUGUGACUCCUGAUUCGCUGGAGAAGGCUUACCGGGAAUAUUGUGAGAACAAGUCCUACCAGGACCCAGAUCCUGUCCUAGGAGAUGAAGAGGAUGACGUGGACAUGGAGAAUGAUGAGGCGGAAGACAAUGACGGCGAUGAAGAGGCAAAGGAUAUGCCCAAGAUCAUUUCACAUUUGGGUGAGGAAGCAUCAGCAGACGCUGACCCUGAAGCUCACACAGAAGCGGCGACGGAUGCAAAGAUGAGCGGUUCAGACAGCGACAUCUACUUGAAGAAGGUCCCAGAUGCAGAAUUGCUGGCCAACCUGUUCCAGGAGUGUGAUCGUGAAUCAGAGAUUGAGGGCAAAGAUGGCAAAGAGUCUUCAAAAGGCGAUCCCCGCACCUUGCACCAAGUCUUGGCACACAUUGAGCAGCCAUACCAGCAGCCAGAGAUCUUCGACCAGAUUUGGCGCCUGAUCAUGUUCUGCAGGUAUUGGCACAAAGGCGGUGACCAUCACUGGAUCAAUAAUCCCAGGGCUUGCAGAAUCAAGUCAAAGAAGCUGAAUUGGCAUCA